GUUUAAUUUGCUGUUUUGUUUUUUCUUUCUGGUACCUUCACUUCCUCUGGCUCUUUCUCUCUUUCUUACUACCCAGAGUCCAAUUUUACGAGAAAAGGAUACAAUUGGUAGCUAGGAUUGGGAUAUUAAGAACACCUAUUUUCGCUCUUAUCCUCUCCCCUUCUGUCGCUCUUCGCUACCUUUCAAUGGAUUUUCGCAAUCCAUUUCGACCCUCUAUUCCUAUCUCUUUCUUACCUUCUGCAACUUCUCUAAGGCGAACAUGAUAUUUCUGAAUUUGAUUGUCAAGCUGGGGAAAUCAAUUAGAACAUUCAAUGUUUCCCCUUCAAGUGCAAGGCCUGGUUCCUCGACCACGCCUCAUUUCUAGGAGAAAACCUCCCAUGUUCUUUUGUUUGUUACUUCUAUUACUGGUGCCAAUUUUUUUGUUUGGAAUUUUUGUCCAUGGCCAGAAGAUUUCUUAUUUCUUCCGUCCCCUUUGGGACAACCCGCCUUCUCCUUUCAAACGUAUGCCUCACUAUUAUGCAGAAAAUGUCUCCAUGGACCACCUUUGCAAUCUUCAUGGUUGGUCCCUUCGCUCUGAGCCUCGCCGCAUUUUUGAUGCUGUCAUUUUCAGCAAUGAGUUAGAUCUGCUAGAGAUCAGAUGGCGCGAACUUUUUCCCUAUGUAUCAAAAUUCGUGAUCCUUGAGUCCAAUACAACGUUUACAGGCAUUCCAAAGAGACUCUUCUUUGCGUCCAAUCUUUCAAGAUUUGCCUUUGCCAUGCAUAAGACUGUCCAUGACAUUUAUCCUGGCAGAGUUGCAGUCCCUGGAUCAUAUGAGGACCCAUUCAUGCUUGAAUCAAAACAACGGGGGGCUAUGAACUCAUUGUUACGCCGUGCAGGCAUUUCCUACGGUGAUAUUCUUCUCAUGUCAGAUACAGAUGAAAUUCCAAGUCCUCAUACUUUGAAGCUACUUCAGUGGUGUGAAGGGAUUCCUCCCGUAAUGCAUCUUGAGUUGAGGCAUUACAUGUACUCAUUUGAGUUUCCGGUGGACUACAGCAGCUGGCGUUCCACUGCCCACAUCUUUGGUCCCCGGACACAAUACCGCCACUCACGCCAGACAGACUUAAUCUUCUCCGAUGCAGGAUGGCACUGCAGCUUCUGCUUUCGGUAUAUUUCAGAGUUUGUGUUCAAGAUGACUGCCUAUAGCCAUGCAGACCGUGUGAAACGGAAGUCUUUCUUAAGUCACUCAAGAAUUCAGAACAACAUUUGCAAGGGAGAUGACCUUUUUGAUAUGCUCCCUGAGGAAUACUCUUUCAAAGAGUUGAUUAAAAAGAUGGGGUCUAUACCCCGUUCAGCUUCUGCAGUUCAUCUUCCUGCAUACUUGAUAGAGAAUGCAGAUAAAUUUAAGUUCCUUCUUCCUGGAGGUUGCUUAAGACCACCAGAAUAAAUGCUCCUUUUAUCAACGUAACAUGUAUAUAUAUUUGCUAGCUACUUUUCGGGCAGGAUACCUUAGACAGCACCUACAUUCCUACUUUUAUCAUUGUUCUUGAAAAUUAGGCAGCAUUGGAGAAUGGGGCGCGAUAAUCAGUUACUACACAUUUUGUAGCUGUAGAAACUAUUACUACACAUUUUGUAGCUGUAGAAAUUCAUCCUGCUCGUGUACCAUUUUGGUAAUGCAGAAAAUGCCUUUGUUAAGUGCAGGAGAGAACUAGGAACUUGGUUAAAGUACACAGAGCUUCAACUGACAUAAAUGGUGAUAAAAGAAAAAUAAUACUUUUCUGCAUGUGUUUCCUUA